AUGCCCGCCAAAACUCCUCGUGAGCGUGGUGACUUCGAGAUCGCGCUGAUCUGUGCGUUGCCACUGGAAGCCGAGUGCGUGCAAGAAUUAUUUGACAAAUUUUGGGAAGACGAGGGCAAGAAUUUCAGGAAAGCUCCUGGGGAUCCCAGUGUUUAUACAACUGGAGUGAUAGGUGACCACAAUGCGGUUCUAGCCUAUAUGCCAGGUAUAGGGACCACUCCCGCCGCGGCAGUUGCGGGCUCCUUACGCGUGAGCUUCCCAAAUAUCAAGCUGGCACUAGUGGUCGGUGUCUGCGGCGGCAUGCCUUACGGCACCGGGACCGACCAAGAAGAAAUCAUGCUCGGCGAUGUCAUCAUCAGUCAAGCACUCCUCCAAUAUGAUUUUGGGAGGCGGCGUCCAAGGGGAUUUGUGAAGGAAGACAUUCGAGACACACUUGGUCGUCCUAGCCCAGAGAUCCGAGCUAUCCAGGCUAAGCUAAGGACGAGUCGGUACAAGCAGAAAAUGCAAAAUAACAUGACCACCUUUCUCCAAGAGAUACAGCGGAAGAGGCCUGAGAUCAAGUAUCGAGGCCAAGAGAAUGAUAUCUUAUACCAUUCAUCGUAUAUACAUCGCCACCCACCAGGAACAUGUGAUGAGUGCAAGAGAGAGGGCGAGAUUUGCGAAUUAGCCCUCAAAACGGAAUGCGAAGAUCUAGGCUGUGACUCUAUAAUGCGUGUAAAGCGCAGUCGCUCCAUGGGUGGAUCAACGACACAGCCUGUCGUCCACUUUGGCAUCAUGGCCUCGGGGAACACCGUGAUGGCCUCAGGUCAGCACCGUGACCUGAUGGCGCAAGCGGACGGAAUCAUUGGUUUCGAAAUGGAAGGGGCAGGCGUGUGGGAUUACUUCCCCAGCGUGGUCAUCAAAGGUGUAUGUGACUAUACCGACAGUCACAAAAGGAAGGGAUGGCAAAGAUACGCGGCGGCAACAGCAGCAGCGUGCGCGAAGGCCUUUUUGGUCCAGUGGAGCGAAGAGGAAGCACCUAUCUGUUCAGAACCUGUACGGCAAAUUCCGUUUGACCACCUCUCGGGGUUUAUUGGUCGUACUGAAGAGCUGAAGCAUCUCCAACAAGCAAUUUUCGAUCCAGAGGGUCGCCGGAUUGUAUCUCUACUUGACGCAGGAGUUGACUGGCCCUCGAGCUUGUCUGCCAAGUCAAGUCAGAGCACUCCAAUUGCUCAAUCUUCUGGAUCCAAGCCGCCAAUCAAUUGA